AAUCUGCACGUGGGGGCACCACACGUGCAGGGCCUGACGCACAGUCUGCACACAGUUCACGCAGGAUAGCGAGAAAUCCUCCCAGUCUUUGUAAGGAAACUAGUGAUGAUUGUGAACCAGUAUAACAUUUGCGGCGUCUUCAAUUAUAAGAACAUGUUUGCGGAAAGGAGUUUUACCAUAAACAUAAUGAAAGCUGAAUAACGUUGGUCAUCUGACACAAAAAUUUAAACGUUUUUGUACUAAGGGUGACAUUUUAAACCGCAAAAAUGCCUGAGCUAGGAACAGUGAUGCGAGCGAUGGAAUUGCAGCGACUGAUUGAAGACAAAGUAUCGGAGUGGCGAGAGAGGUCAGCUCGGGUCGCGGGUACAAGUGUGGCCGACUCUUAUCAGCAACCACUCAACUUCAAACGACACAAGUACAGACGCAAAAACAGCGCUGAAAUAAACAGAAUUAUCGCAAAAUACUCGAAAGUUAAAAGGACAGACGAACGACACUCUGUCCUGCAGACGUGUCCCGAAGAGCCGCCAGUCCCGCCCGCCAGGCUAAAGAAGGUACGAAGCAAGUUUUCCAAGAGCGAAGACAAUCUUGCUAAUAUUUGUGUCAUGGACGAACGUCCCGUCGCUAUAUCUCAAGAGAAAUCUCAAUUUAAUGUCUCUAAAUAUAACACAAAAAGCUGCGAGGACAUAAAUGCUUUUGUCGAUGUUGGACGUACAAAGAAAAGUAAGCUAUUUGAGGAGAAAAGUAUUUUGAAUACCAAAGCAACCCCCGUUAUGAGGCCAAAACUACAUAGUAUUAGUGAAGAUAUUCUAGAUAUAUCUGAUUUCGGUGAUAGCGGUGUUGAUUUAAGACCCAGAAAAGACUUCGUGACCUCUACUCCCUUAUCAAACAGGAAGACAUGUCCCGUUGGUGAUUCUGUGUCAGUGAUUGAUUUUGAAAAGUGUUCAAACAGUGUCAGUGACUUAAAAAAAGGUAAUUCCGAACCAGAUAUUGCUAAUAGAAAUUCUGUGGACUCGUCUAAGACUUUAGAUGGUAGAAAACGCUGGAGUCUUCUUAAACCGUUGAAGCCUACGUUUCGAAAAGGAACUUUGGAUUGCUUAAUACGAUGGCGUGGAAAGAAAUCACAAAAUCAAUCCAAAAUCCAAGAAGUUGAUGACAGUUUCUUUGAGAAAUUUGGGUCCAUAUUAAAACAAGUGUCACAGAAAGCUGCUUUAGAAGAAUCAACUCCGCUUGCACCUUUAAAAGAGGCUGAAGAGCAGGAUGGUGAACAGAAAGUAAUAGCAGAAGUAGGAGAUAGUAGAAGUAUUACCAGAGAUUCUGAUAGUGGCAAUGAAACACUUCUUGAUACAGAUUCCGAACCAGAGGAUCCUGAGAAGUUCGAUUUUUAUGUUGAAGCUGUUGGAUGGAAUGUCGAUGAACUCUACUUGGAAGUGCUGUAUGAAAUUUUACACAAUGUCGGCGGAUGUGACAUAGGCUGUGAAGUGGGGAGUCAAGUGAUGCUUUCAUAUGUCCAAGAGGCGUUCAAGAUCUCAAAUGAGAAACAUACAGAACUGUUAACCCAAGCUGAGGCCAAAGAGCCCCCAGAACUGAUGCUAAAUGUUGAAGUUAUUGAGGGGAAAGAUUUAGUUCCUAAAGACCCAAAUGGUUUAAGUGAUCCCUUCGUGACAAUAUACCUCACUUCCAAUACAGCACAUAGAUAUAAUACAUCUGUUAAAGCAAGUACAUUAAAUCCUGUUUGGGAAGAACAUUUCUCACUGCCGAUGUCCGGAAAUGUUUACGAAGAUUCACUAGUCUUAGAAGUAUGGGACUUCGAUCCUGCGGAGACUGUGAAAGAGAAAAUGACGAAAAUAUUUGAGGUGAAGGGCGUAAAGGGUCUCAGAAAACUGAUGAAGGAAAUAGCCAUUACUGCGUCUACCGGCAAACAUGAUAAUGAGCUAAUUGGCACAUCCAAUAUACCACUUAAAUCAAUACCAGCUGGAGGUAUGAUAAUGUGGUUGAACCUUAGCAAGAAGAAUAAAGUACGAAGACAGGGAGUUGUGAAAGUACGGUUCAAUUUCUCGUCGGAAAAGAAUUCUCAAGUUGCUGCGCAAGAGCAUCGACAUUUGUUAAGGAUUUUAUUGCUUCACGAAUUGGAAAGUUCGAAGGUGGCGCCAUUUUGGUGGUGCGGCAACUUUAGUGCUCCAGCUGAAGGCAUUUUAACUCAACAUGCGGCACAAAGUGGAUUAACACAAAAUGAUAACCUGCUAGCACAGUGGUUAGUGUUCUGUGCGGUCACCGUGGAUCAUCCACUCAGUUUUGCGCUCUUCAAUAAUUUAUUGGAAAAAAUAACCAAACCUCUACAGUCGGGUCUGGUAAACGAAGAAGACGUCAAACUAUUCUGGGACGGUACGAAGAAACUCCUACCAACCUGUUACGGCCAUGUCAGAAAACUAAGAAAGAAGACAGCAGGCGACAAAACUGUCAUGAAAACGCUUCGUGAAGUCCUACGAAUACUCUACAAAUUGUCAUCAUUGGACAUCCCAGAGACAAUAGAGUUGUUCCCCACAAACCUUUACGGCUGGUUAAAGGAGAAUGCAGAUGGAAGUAAAUUGUCAAUGUAUGACGUUUUGCAUCAAGCGGUGGUUCAAGGGGCAUCCGAUUGGUUCGUCCAUAUUCUUGAUAAUAACGAAUGCAAGGAUAAAACGGAAGAUUCAAGGUUGCAGCAUUUGAUUCGAGUUAUUCAGUUAGUCCGGUCCGACUUGCAACGUGCAAUUGAGUAUUUCGACAGAGUUUUUGUUGAAGUAAUGAGCUUUCCAUAUUCCAAAGCACUUUACGGCGUAUACGAAGAUAAAAUCGCGUCUCUGGUAGAGCCCGAAGUGUUGCAAGUGUGUAAGAGUUUAAAGCGGUUGAGGUACAGCGAGGGGUCGAAUAACAGCGUGUAUUUGGCUGGAGGCUUAAAUGGAGAUACUGGGCUGGGCAAUCCUGACGUUGGAUCAGAACCUUUGGCUAUGGGGACUACCUUAUUCGAAUUAUAUUUGGCUUUACAGAGGUUUUUGACACUUGGCCAAGGCCUGAACGAAACAGAAUGGCAAUCCUAUUCAAUAUCUAAAUUCCAUUCGUGGUUCUUCGGCGGCGUGGCUCAGUGGUUAGACAUCGCUGCUUUUAAAGCACUCACGCGCAUCGAAAAAGCUGUUGAAUUAGACAAUUUGGUUCCUGUCGAUGGAAAUGUGAAAUAUAGUAGUUCUGGAGUAGAUACGUUGGCUAUUUUCUACCAGAUCAAAAUAUUCUGGCAACAGCUGGCCUGGCCUGAUGUGGAAGGAUGUUAUACGUUUGUGGCCAAAAUUGUUGAUGACAUCUGUCGAUGUUGCGUAUUUUAUUCUGACAAAAUGGCAACCCGCGUUGAAAGCGUUGGAACGAUUAGCACAGUAUAUGAAGAGCGAUUUGAAGUUACCACAGAGUGGUGUGUUGCCAUAAAUAAUAUAGACUAUGUGAGACAAAGUCUUACGCCAUUUGUUGAGGAAUUGGGAAUGGAUGAGAUCAUACAGAAAAUGUGUGAAUCUCGAUCGCCGUUGGAAGCGCAGAGGUGUAGAGACACCCUGCAUAAUGUUAUAGCGAAUGCAAUAGAUACUGUUAAAAAUAAAAUUGUCGAACUCCUUGAAGUCAUGAUUAAGAAGAUGAUGCCAUCAAUUACCCGUUUCCUAAUGGAAGGUGCUGAACUCCUUCACCAAGACUGCUCAAGCAUGGACCGUGUCAUGCGAUACCUCGAAGCCAACCUCGAUACGUUAUACCAGCACUUAAAUAAUGAGAACUUCUCACGAACCCUCGAUAUUGUAUGGGAACAACUAGGAGAGGUCUUAUACGAAUUGAUACAGGCUAAUUUGGAGAAGCCAACAGUCGCUACCCGUAUUCGCUUUAGAUUCCGUUAUCACAAAAACAAAGUUGCGCCAACGAUCCUAAAAUUACGGCACCGCGGGGCAAAGAUAACACGGUAUAUCAACCCGAGACGGCUGACUAAAUCGGCAGCUGCCAACUUAGACUCGAAACGUCGACCACCCGCGUUCUUUUCAAAUCUCCACGAAUGUCUCAAAAUAAUGGUCCGAUCGUUCCGGCAAGAUAACAAGGAGAUCUAUACAUCUGAUACCUUGAAGCGAGUGGAGUAUUUACUCAAGUUACACGGUAUGGAGACCCGGGAACUGAUCCACCAGUACCAUUUAGAAAGAUGGCAGGAGCAACAGACCGUUAGUGAGCCAAAGAUGGGAAUGUUGACCGUGCGAGCGCAAUUCAUUGAUAACAAUCUCAAGAUCGAGAUCAUGAAUGCUAGGAAUUUGAUGCCCACGGAUUCUAACGGAUUAUGUGAUUCGUAUGUUCGAGUCGCGUUAUUACCAGAGGACACAUUUGUAAAUGUUGAAAAACCAAAGACGCAAACACAUAAUAAGAAUCUCUUCCCGUUGUAUGACGAAAUGUUCGUUAUCUCCCUUUCGCCAGAGCAGCGUAACACACAGGACGGUCUGUUACACUUCGUAAUAAAGGAUAAAGACAUGUUCAGUGUUAGCAAUACGUUCGUUGGCGAGGCGUACGCACACUUCAGUGAAGUGCCCGAUACGCCUGCCCCCAUAUCCAGCCUCCCGCAACAACAUUUGCCGCUGUCGAGACCCAGUAAUAUUGACGGCGACGCCAUCAAGGCCCUGGAGUCCAGACAAGGAGACAAACAAGCACGCGAGUUCAUAAAGAAACAAAGACAGAAAAUGCCAAGUAAACAGUUUUUCUCAUUAGGUUGAGUUCACAACGCACAAUUUGUAAGAAAUUUUUGUACAUAUCGUAUGUAGUACAUACAAGAACGUAUAUAGGCGUACGUAUACGUGUUGCCUAAGUACAUACCAUACCGAUAUUUAUACGUACCGACGUACGGUGUACGAUUGAUCUGAAGUUUAGCUAUGCCCCGACAGUAAAAUACUUGCCUACGUUUAAUAUGUCUAAUGAAAUGAUUUUAUAUGUUGAAAACAAGAUUUCGAAUAGUUUUGUAUAUUACAACCAAUGAAGCUUCCUUAAUACAUUUGUAGAAACUUAAUUAAUUGCUUGUAAAAUUGAAUUUAGAACUUUUAUACAAAUAUAAUUAAAGAUAAAACGAUGAAUUCCUUGCAUAACGAAGGUGCUUGUAAGAGAUUAACUAGGCGUAAUUAGUUUUAAUUUUCUCGCAAUAAAAUCAUAAUCAUUAAUUUAUAGGAUCAUUAAUAUCGUGUAGAAACACGUAGACUGACAGAUCAUAUUUUAUUAUUGAGAUAACUCGUUUAUAAAGUUGAUUUCGUAAUUUUGGCCCAGAAUAGUUUGAGUCAUGAAACCUAUACAAAUAAAAUCAUAUGAGAAAUAUGUUCUUUGACUCGGAAAUUUAAUUUUUUCUUUCAAAAAUAAUAUGGUUGUUGAAUCCUAAAUUAUUCGAAUAUUUUUAAGUACAAUUCAAUAUACUUUUUAUAUAAUACGUCAUAUUGAUUAUGUAUUAAGGAAAAAUCUUAUGAAUCUCAUAUGGUGUGUUCUAUUAAAUACCGAAUCAGGCCGGAUUUUGAAAUUGUUAAUUUUCCUUUUAUAUGCAUUUUCUACGUCUCAUUGUAAUAAUUGUUAGUAUAUAUUUGAAAAAAUAAUAAUACGUUACAUUAAGGCUUUGGGUAACAACAUAAAAUAUUUAAUAUCAAUAUGAAGUAGUAUGUAUUAAAAACAUUAUUUAAGAUUCAAUACAAUAACUCCAUCUGAAAACACUGUAAUACCGCUAAACAGCUUAAAGUGAGAUCACUAAUGAUAAUUGCUUAUAACUGUUUUAUUAGCACUAAAAUCUAGUACUGGUUCAGCAAAUUAUCGUUUUAUAGAAAUUUCUUGCAUAUCCCCAAAGCCUUAUUGCGUGAGGAAAUGUAAUACAUAUAUCUAUAGUUGAUGUUCUGUGAUAAAUGCGCGUGCCUUAUAUUUAUUUGUAAUUAAAAAGUAAUGAGGACGUUCGAUUUUUAAUUUUUGUUUAGAGUUUUGAAAUUUUAUUAUUCUAUUUCGAAUCUUAUGAAUAAUAUAUUUGCCGCAUUAUUUAUUCGUCUCAAUAAAGCUGUUUUAAAUGCAAA